UGUGACAUCCCCCAGGGUACAAUCUGGACUGAUGGACAGCUGGGUCCCCUCAAUUCCCCAACCCGAGAUGCCUUUUACACUGCUUCGCUGUGAGAGCCACCACGUUGGUCUGUUGACACAGCCUCCAGCACGUCAGUCACUCCAGUUAUACUGUACGAAUGCUAUCGCCAGCCACUCAUGAAUUACACUACGUGGCUCAUCCUUCCGUACGCAUCAAGGGAACAGAACACAGCUACAGCCCAGUCCUGUGCCAAGAUGACCAGUGCGCUGCCAGUGUCAAAGGGAGGCACACCCACUGUCCAUUCUGCAGCAUUUCGGAGGCUUAUCAGGACCCGUUCAUUCUCCAGGCUCACUACCGGGUCAAACACGUGGACAAGGGGCUUGACUUUGCAGGAUUGGCUGCUCCUGGGGUUCCUCCCUCAGGGAUGCUCAGCUCACACCAACUCUUCCCUCCUCCUAGAUCCACUCCCACCUCUCUUCUGUCCGGGACUGAAGAUCCUGCGAUGCUGCAACCACUGCGAGAUUGUGGGCACGAUCAAAGGGGAGAAGAAGUUCAAAGGGGCGCACUGGCACUGCUACCGCUGCCGCAAUGGCUUCAACCGGCGGGACGAGGCGGUGAAGCACUACAAGACCCACUUCCGGAACCCCCACACCACCUUCCAGAUCCAGAUCACACAGGAUGUCAAUAGCCGCCAGUAUUACCAGCACAGCGCCGAAGCCCACCCCAAGGCCUAUGGUAGCCUCCAUGUGUCCACCGGAGCCAGCAUUGAUGUGAUGGCCAUAGGCUCGGUGCUGGCCCAGACCGUCCUGGCAUCAGGAUCUCCUGUCUUCACCACCGACAAGGGGACAGAAAGCCUCUCGGGCAACCCUGCCAAGGACAGCAGUUUCAACAGCAGGAUCAUGCUGGGAGUAGAGGAGAUGGCGGGGCUCAGCACCUCCGCCUCAUCCCUUCCCACCCAUCAGACCCUGGUGCUGAUGGACCCUGAUGGAGACAGUGGCAACAUCAUCUUUGAAGAAGGAGACAAUUCUGUGGCAGGGCAGCCCUGUGAGGGGCUGGAUCAGAACUUGCUGGAGAAACAGCUGAUUGAGCUACACCAGCAGAACCAGCAGCUGCUGGAGGAGAAGAAGGAGAUGGAACAGAAGCUUCGGGCAGAGAUCCUGCAGCUAAAGGAACAGAUUGCCAGCAUUGUCCAAGCUAACAUCUGCAUGGCAGAGGAGCUGAAACGGUACCAAACCUCAGAUGACCUGGAGAAGAAAGUCAGCAAGAUGGUUGAGCAGAUGGAGUGGCAGCACCGGGAACUGCUGCAGAUGCAGGUGGCAGCCCUGCGGAAGGAGUUUGCCCAGAAAGAGAGUCAGCUGACAAACGGCAAAUCCACACCUCCAGCAGACGCUGCCCUGGAAACCAGGGAGCCAGCUGUGACCUCCUCCAUGCACACUCUUCUGGCCAACGCUGCCCUGGCCUCCACAAACAGCACCGGCAGUGCCCGGUUCACCCUGCCCAACAGUCUGGUGGGCCCCCAGAACACUGCGACACCCAGGCCAUUAGACAUUAGCACUGGCGAUGUCAUCUCCUUCAUUGACCCGCCAGAAAGCUUAUCUGGCACUGGGAGCAACAGCCUGGAAAAGCUGGAGAUCGUGGAGUUGCACCUGGACACGAAACCGACCAUAGCGAACCAGGAAGCUGGCUCCCCACCAGCUCACAUCCAGCUCCUCCCCAUUGGUGAAAUGAACGAAUCCAUGGGACUGCUGCCUUCACUGGGUGGAGAGAAGCGGCUGGCACAGCGUGCGCUGGCAAGAGAAACCAAAGCCAAACAGCAGCGGACAGUCUGAUCCCACGUGGGGAACUUACACACACAAGCCCUGACAAACCUCUCUUUUCCUAAGCCAGUAGCCAAACAAACUUGCCAGUUCCCUGUUUUGUACCCAGUGCUUUAAAUUGAUAGUUAUACAUGGUGCUGUCAGUUAUUAAACUGCCCUUAAGUUAUACAUUUAUCCAUA